GGGCGGGGCCUGGGGCGGGUAGUUUAGCGGGGUGAGAUUUUACCUCGGAAACAAAACAGCGGCCGCUGGGGAAGGGACUUUCUCUGAGCGAGCUCCGGCUGGGAAAGAAGACCUCCGAGAAGCUUUGUUUUCUGAGGAAAAGUAUUUCUGUACAGUUGCUCCAAUGACAGAGAUACCUGCACCCUUGUCCUACUUCCAAAAUGCACAGAUGUCUGAGGACAGCCACCUGAGCAACAUUGUACGUAGCCAGAAUGACAGUCGAGAACGGCAGGAGCACAGUGAUAGGCGGAGACCUGGCAACCCUGAGCCAGUAUCUAAUGGCCGACCCCAAGGGAACUCACGGCAGGUGGUGGAACAAGAUGAAGAAGAAGAUGAGGAGCUGACAUUGAAAUAUGGUGCCAAACAUGUCAUCAUGCUCUUUGUCCCUGUGACCCUCUGCAUGGUGGUGGUUGUGGCUACCAUCAAAUCGGUCAGCUUUUAUACACGGAAAGAUGGGCAGCUAAUCUAUACCCCAUUCACAGAAGACACGGAGACUGUUGGCCAAAGAGCACUACAUUCAGUUCUGAACGCCGCCAUCAUGAUCAGUGUCAUUGUGGUCAUGACCAUCCUCUUGGUGGUUCUGUAUAAAUACAGGUGCUAUAAGGUCAUCCAUGCCUGGCUUAUUGUUUCAUCUCUAUUGUUGCUGUUCUUUUUUUCAUUCAUUUACUUAGGGGAAGUGUUUAAAACCUAUAAUGUUGCCAUGGACUACAUUACAGUUGCACUCCUGAUCUGGAAUUUUGGUGUGGUAGGAAUGAUUUCCAUUCACUGGAAAGGUCCUCUUCGACUGCAGCAGGCAUAUCUCAUUAUGAUCAGUGCCCUCAUGGCCCUGGUAUUCAUCAAGUACCUCCCCGAGUGGACUGCAUGGCUCAUCUUGGCUGUGAUUUCAGUAUAUGAUUUAGUGGCUGUUUUGUGCCCAAAAGGUCCACUUCGAAUGCUAGUUGAAACAGCUCAGGAGAGAAAUGAAACUCUCUUUCCGGCUCUCAUUUACUCCUCAACAAUGGUAUGGUUGGUGAAUAUGGCUGAAGGAGACCCAGAAGCCCAAAGAAAGGUGUCCAAGAACUCCAAGUAUAAUGCACAAAGCGCAGAAAGGGAGGCACAGGAUACUGGUAGAGAGAACGACGAUGGUGGCUUCAAUGAGGAGUGGGAGGCCCAGAGGGACAGUCACCUGGGGCCUCAUCGCUCAACACCCGAGUCCAGGGCUGCUGUCCAGGAACUGUCCAGCAACACCCUUGCCAGUGAAGACCCAGAGGAAAGGGGAGUAAAACUUGGAUUGGGAGAUUUCAUUUUCUACAGUGUUCUGGUUGGUAAAGCCUCAGCAACUGCCAGUGGAGACUGGAACACAACCAUAGCCUGUUUUGUAGCCAUAUUAAUUGGCCUGUGCCUUACGCUGUUGCUCCUCGCCAUUUUCAAGAAAGCAUUGCCGGCUCUUCCCAUCUCUAUCACCUUCGGGCUUGUUUUCUACUUUGCCACAGAUUACCUUGUGCAGCCCUUUAUGGACCAGUUAGCAUUCCAUCAAUUUUAUAUCUAGCAUACUGGCCAUUAGAAUUUCACGGAUGUUUCUCCUUUGACUAUAAUAAAAUCUGGAAGGACACAGGGAUUUGCCUGUGUCCUCAUCUAACUGAGUCAAAACUCCCAGCUGGACUUUGGCAGCUUCCUUCCAGGUGUUCUUCACCACCUGCACUAUUAGACUUUGGGAGGAGGCAUCUACUUCAUCAUUAGUGAACUAUGUCCCUCGGUGCAAGACCUACAGAUUUGAGGGACAAGGACAAGGAAACAUGACGGGCCAAGAAGUUGCUGUGUUUCUACCAGCAGUGUGACCCUUGGUUGCAGAUUUUACCAACACUGCAAACUCAGGACUACUAUUACCAAGAGGUUAAAUGAAGUGACUAAAACCAAAUGGAACUCUGAAGCUACAUGUUGGAAAUCAACCUAAUACAUCUGUAUUAAUUGAAUUCUGAACUUUUUCAGGAGGUACUUUGAGGAGAGCCUCUCCUAGCAGCAAAAUGGAAAGGUCAGAAGAGGCUCAAUCUUUCACUUCCAGACUUUUUUUUUGCUGCAAAUUUAAUUAUUCUUUUUUGCUACAAACUUAAUUUUUAAAGAAGAUAUCCCCUCCCCCACUUUGAGUCACAUCAGUUUCCUGUUCUCAAGCACCCCAUUACUGUCUAUGGUUGCCAUUUCUUCUCAGUGCCAGUCUGAGCUUUUUGGGGGUUGCUUUAUCCUGAAAGUCUUAACCUCAGGUUCCAAAUUCAGUAAUUUCUGGAAAUAAUGGAACUAUUACUCAAUAGUUCCUUAUCAUCCCUAAUUAAAUUCUGGAUUUUCCACCAAAUUCUACUUUUCAGAUAUAUUUACAUGUUUGCUCGCCUCCUCUGCUCCCAUCUUUUCCUUCAUCCCCCACAGCAGUUCUCUUUAGCAACAAAGGAGGCAGCUCUGGCAUGGCAGCAGGUGGCCCUGUUAAUUCAGUUUACUCUUUGUCUGGUGCAAAAAAUUAUGUUAUGAACCAGUGCUGUCAGCCUUACUAUCAUAACUCCUUCAGUAGCAAAGAACAUACUUUCCCAGAGAGUAGAAUUAAAGAAGAGUGAAAUGGCUGGUGAAGCACUUCCUGUCCUGGUUUUCUUUUGUCUCUGACAGUAGGUCAGAAUUUCAGUUAGGGUGGGAGAGUACUUCAGUGGGAGAGUGCUUACCUAAUAUGCCUGCGGCCCCUUGGUUCUAACCCCAGCACUGCGAAGAUAAAAAUCUCAGCUACUUAGGAGGCUUAGCAAGAGGAUUCCUAGUUCACAGCCUGUCUGAGUAACUUAAUAAGACCUUGUCACAAAAUAAAAUAUAAAAAGGGCUAGCCUUUGGGUUCAAUUCCCAAUAC